AUGACCUGGGUUUAUUCCAGACCAAAAAAAAUGAUACAUUUUGUCGAGCAAACGAGCGAGGGCGAGAUGUCAGCUGUCAAUCGACAAAUCGUUGCCAUAGUUGGUGAUCAGUUUUACGUGCUUACAAAUCGAUUAAUGGAUGCUAUUGGUAAUGACAGUACGACGUCCGUUUUCCAUUUGGAUACUAAAUAUUACCAAGCUCAUGUAGGAGUUCGUCAGUUCCGUACCGGUACCGAUCUCUUGAAGGUGAAGAGACAGGAGCCUGAUCUUAUGAUCGGUGCGAUAAUUCUCAAGCUUGGUACGAAGAAGGACCUAGAAAUUAUGGAAAGCGUGGUGAACAGAAUCGACUGCGAUUCACAUGUCUUGGUGGUUGAUCACUGUAUGCACGACGAUUUGAAUUUCGCUCAGUCAUGGGCUCACAGCUUCAGAUUUGAGCUAGUUAUCCUGAACCCUGACCCGAGUCAACGAGAAGAAGCGAAGUCGUUGAGCGAAAAAUGCGGCAUUGCAAGAGUGGUGGAAGUGAUGGAAAACGUCCCGUGGGAACUCAAAAAAGACAAUUUCAAAAAGGUUACGGGAAAACAGGGAUUGGAUCGUUUACUAGCGAUUAUUGAAACUAUGAGUGAAAGCAGUGAAGAUUCAGAACUGGAGCCGGAUGAGGAAGAUAAAGACCCAGCGAAACGUGCAGACAAUGCAGCCGCACUUCUUUCCAAGAUUGUUGAUCUCGACAUAAAGGAGAAGGAUGACGUCAGUGAUAAGAAAAAUCAAUAG